AUGUUCGAUCACCCACCCUACAACCCGGAUUUGGUACCGUCUGACUACCACUUGUUCUUGUACAUGAAGCGCGAGCUAAGCGGCCAACGCUUUGAAACCGACGAUGAAGUGAAAACUGCCAUGGACCAAGAGGAUAAACAAACUUCUAUGCAGCUAAAGAAGGCUUACGACUUAAAACUAAGGACCUUAAGACAAGAGGCUAGUCCUGCUCAUAUUGUCAAUGCUGCUAACAAAAAUAAGGCUGUUUGGGACAUCAUAAACAGCGAGAGAAAUCAUCAGCACAAGGACACAAUUUCUGGAUUUGACUUCAUAGUUAAAAAUGGAGACAAAAUUGACGACCCUAUAGAUAUAGCCAACCAUUUUAACAACUAUUUCUCAACUAUUGCUGAUGAAACUCUCAAACAGAACCUGUGCAUCAACCCAACAAUACAAUUUGUUCAGAACCCACCUGUUGAAAUGCCACUGACCUCUAUGGAACCCACGUCAAUUGAAGAAAUAAGUAAAGUGCAGGAAGAGGGAGGAUGGCGGAAUACUUACAAACCAAGUCCAACAAAGAAAACUCCUGGUACUACCACUACCUUUGGAGAUACUUCUAAUUCAACAACAGGAAAAAUCGCCAGUCUGGCAGACCAUACAGUAACGUCCGUAAACUAUCCAAGUCCAACAAAGAAAACUCCUGGUACUACCACUACCUUUGGAGAUACUUCUAAUCAACAACAGCCAAGUCCAACAAAGAAAACUCCUGGUACUACCACUACCUUUGGAGAUACUUCUAAUUCAACAACAGGAAAAAUCGCCAGUCUGGCAGACCAUACAGUAACGUCCGUAAACUAUCCAAGUCCAACAAAGAAAACUCCUGGUACUACCACUACCUUUGGAGAUACUUCUAAUUCAACAACAGGAUGUCAGCAAUACAGGACUGAGAGUUUAGACUGGUUCUUUCAGCCGUCCACCAAAGCAUUAUCCCUUUCAACAUUGGAUUUGGCGCUGAAAGAUAAGGCUGUCACCUUGGAGAGCAUUCUGAAUAAGUUUAAUGAUGAGUACAGACUUAUUAAUAUGUCUAUCCUCAACUUGGCCAAAAUAAAAAUAUUGGAGUGUGAAGGGCAAAUUGUACAAGCCAACAAAAUAUGUCAAGAAGUGCUUCAAAAAUUAUCUGGAUUCACACCCUCCGGAAGUGGUAUCAGUGUCAUAGUCUUGGCUUUGAAAAACUGGUAUACAGUCAUAUCAGCGAAGCUCUCUGAUGUGACUGGUACUAGUGAAGCAGCUGCUUUUGAGUUGAAGUCAGACAAAAAAGACCUGCCAGCCUGGACCUUGACAUAUAUUAAAGCCUCGUAUUACCAACUGUUUGGCCGGCCAGGGUGCAUAGAAGCCCUGAAAACGCUAUCUGUUAUUGGCCCGCUCAAAGCAUCAUCUGAGCCUCAUCAUGCUAAGUGUUUUGGUUCUGCACAUUUGUGCUUUUUGAAAGCACGGAUCUUAGGAAAAUUAAAAUAUCUUGAACAGUGGCCAGCUUCGAAGUGGGCUGAGGAGAUAAAGCUUAUUGAAAGCAUCCACAUUGAUGUUGAAAGUGAACUACAGAUACCUUCGACCAUGUACUUGGCCCAACUGUACAGGCUACAGGGAUACAGACUCUUCCUGGAGUCCUGUGGAAAUGAUAGACUUCAAUUCGAAAGAGCAGGCGAUAAUAUAAAGAUCAUCUAUUCGAGGGCAGCCAGAAAAUACAGAGAGCUGGUACCUGUUUUGAGAUCAUUAGGAUCAGCAGAAUGCCUGGCUUGGUUAGCCGAAGAAUUUUUCAAGUUGCCUACUCAUGAAGGAACAACUUAUGAGGAUGACGUUCUUGAAAAUAUGAGAGAAGCUAUGAGAACAAAUGAAUUAAUUCCUUAUGUUCAUAGAGUAGCCGCAAUGUACUUUGAACAAGUUGGGAAUAUCGACCAAGCGAUGGGUCAUCUAAACGUAGCGUCAACGUGUGGAUCACUCCAAGCCAAUGUGGAUAUCGUAGGGUUGAAUGUCCGGACCUCAUCCAAAGUUCCAGAUUUAGAGGAAUUGAAGAAACUCCCAGAUGGCCAACUUCAUACUGCUUACUAUUUAUGCAUGCACACACAUAGAUUUAAAGAGGCAGAAAAGGAAUUCAAAGAAUAUUUUGAUAAAUGGCAGGACUCUCCAACUAUUAUGGCUUACACUCCAAUUUUUGAGACUCUACAUGAACCAAUCAACCUUCUGCAUCUAGUAUACAAACAUAGGUUUGUUAUCCUGGCAACAAAGUUUUCUCCUCCGUUUGAACCAAAUUCUACCUUUCUUUCCGAGAGAGUGAAGAUUCUUCAAGAGAGCCAGAGACUGAAAAGAAAUUUAAUGUUUAAGAGCCACAGAACAGUUGUAAACAAGAUGAGGAAGUUAAAAAAGAAGAAAAUACUUGCAGCAAGAACAGGUGUAAACACUUAACUGAAUUGACUUUUUAGGCACCUACCGCAGUUAAUCAGUUCAGAAGAUUAAUUAGAGAUUUAAAAUUACUGAACACAAAGAUGCACACAGGAAGAGACACUACAGUUUGGUACUGUUAUGAUGCUUUUGGUGCCGUUGGUUUUUAUAAACUUUUUGGCAAACUAAGUAGCUGUAUUAGAUUUGCCAUAAAAUAGAUGGUAAAUCUGACAGCAAAAUAUGUACGUGCAAGGUUGCCAUGACUCAGUAAAUUCCAAAAAUCGUAAGGGUUGAGAAUGUUACCAGUAGAUAGAACCACUGUACAUACUAAUCUACUUAUUGAAAACUUUUUUGCAAAAGUAAAGCAUUACAACUUUAAAGAAAAGAUCAAAUUGUAAAGUAAUCUAGACAAAAUCUCAACUCUUACCACAAACAAGCUUUUUAUAGACGACCUUGCUCAUGAAAUAAAACUGUUGUUGAGCUUCAUAGUAACUGAUGGCAACAUCAAUACUAGCAAAAUUGUGUAUUCCAGGUUCAACUUUUAUCAAUGCAGUCCAACUUAGCAGAGUUUACAUCAGGAACUAGAUUCUUAAUCCUUUUAUCUGUUACCUUUUUUACCUAUUUGACACCUUUUGCGUGAAUUAAUUUUGCAAUUGGUUGGUUUGGAGUUCUAACUAUAAUAUAUUGACUACUAAGAUUUUAGAGUUAAUGUUUUGUACAUGUCCUACAUUUUUGACAUGGAUUAUGUGGUAUUUGUUUUGUAUAUAGUCAUGUUCAAUAUACGGGUAUUAUAUGUUUAUUGUUACUUGAAUUGUUUAAUUUAUGUAAUUAUUUUAUAAGUAUCUAAUGUGAUGUUUUGUAGGCUGUGGUCUUUUUGAUUAGAUGUGCAGGCUGCUUGUUAAAAAAAUAUGUAUAUUGUAGUUUUCCACCAAAGAGUAUUAAGUAAUUCUAAUUUUAAUUAAUACAAAUUAUGAAAUGAAACAACUGUCAUAUGUUGUGUAAAAAUUAUUGUUACAGUUAUAUUGUAAAACCUGUCAGUUACAUUAUCCAUGAUGAGUAAACAGGAGUUUACACUGUUAAAAACAUCAUACCUAGUUUAUAUAAGUAUUAUACCAAGUGUUCCUAUUGUAUUUUUAUUAGAUUACUUUUAAUUUUGAAAAGUUUCAUCUAGAGUAGCAUUCUUUAUUGAAUAUUUUUCAUUUUUAGGACUGUAUAAGAGAAACACUUGUAUUGCAAUGCUUUUAUAUACUUAAUUACUGCUCUGGCCUUUGCUACCCCAUCUGGUACUUUGCCUCACAAACACACUGUCUCCAGACGUCUCUUAGAUCAUCUUUAUUUUUUUGUUUUAUUCUUUCUUCUCAGGUCCUUAUUCAACUGGUCCCACCACCUUAGCUUUGGUCGUCCAAGAAAUCUUCUACCUUCCGGAUUGUUCUCCAGGAUUGUCUUUGUCAUGGUGCUGUCUUCUUCACUCAAGAUUGCCCUUCUACUUUGUACAUCAGCUACAAUGUCUGGCUGCGUAUAUGGUUCUCUCAAUCCCCAAUUAUUCUUGAUCCUCCAUUCUCCAUCUUCAAAGGUCAAUCCUUACACUUUUCUCAAUAUUUUGUUCUCAAAAACUAUUAUCUUUUUUCUGUUUUCUUAUUCAAUAUCCUUUAUUUAAUAGUUUUGUAAAUUUAGAUUUGUUGUUUGUUUGAUUUAGUAUAUUAGAAAUCACCAACUUGUGGCAUACUAAAACCAACCCUCUACAGUUUUGCUAGGUUGAUCAAGUUUUUGUUGGUAUUCCAAACUUGUUUAUAACUCUCCGUAGCAUUACCCUAUUUAUGGAGUCAUAGCGUUAGAGACAUCAGAAUGUUUUGUUGAAUUGGUAAUACUUUACUAUUAAUUAUUUUAAAAUAAAAAGUUGGUUGUUGGUUGAUCUGCCUCCUAAAGUCUAUCUGAUGUUCUCCAAUUAUAUUUGCAGUAUAGACUUCUACUAUUUUUUGGACCAGUUUUGACAAUAUUUUGUAAAUACAGUUUAACAGAGACGUACCUCUAUAGUUACUGCAACCUUUUUUUUUGUUGCCUUCCUUGUGUAUUGGUACAACUAUAGCUUCUUUCCACUCCUUAGGUGUUGAUUCUUCUAGCCUAUGAGUUUUCCACCGCUAAGCAGUGAUCUCCUGCCUUUACCAACUCCACUGUGAAAUCAUCUUCCCCAGGGGCUUAGUUGUUUUUUAAUUCUUUGAUUAUUAUUUUAUUUCUUGGACUUUAGAUCUGGAAUCUAGGAUUGAACAUUUUAAACCUCCUCCUACUGCUCUUAUUCUUAUGGGUGACCAUUUAGAAAGUGUUUAAAAUAGUCUCCAUACUCUUAAAUCCUUCAUCCCUAUGGAUUACAAACAAGCCGAAUUAGUUCUUUAUUCCAUUCGGAGGAGAGGUUUAUCCUUUUCUAAAGAAUCUCAUUUAAUGAUAAGUCUGGAAUUGUUAGACGUUUGGUCCUGUUUCGCUUUUUGCAAUGUUUUAUUAACCUGUCCUCUUUUUACCUUAGUAAUUUUACUGUUUCCUUGCUUUGUUGUCGGUAGUUACCUUGGUCUGUGUUUUUAUUUUGUUUAGCCACGUUUCUUGUCCCUUCUUUAUAAUACCCCUUCCUAGCAUUAAUUGUCAAACCAAGGAUUUUUUGAUCUUUCUUUCUUUUUGACUAAAUACUUCUUUUGCACUUUCCUGUAUUGUCUUCUUGAUGUUGACCCACAUACUUUCUACUGUAUCUCUCACUGCUUCUUCUGGUUCCAUUGCCAGCAAAGCUGGUUUGUCAGUUUUAAUUUACACUCUGUCAAUGCCAUUUCCUCUCUAAGUUUCUCUAUUUCUACAUUUUCCGUGCCAUCCUCACUGGUUUUAUUUUCCCUAAUUUUAUUCUUUGGUAUGAGUUGACUUGUCUGACCCACACUCUGCUUCUCUUAUACCUACAUCAUGUAUGUGACUAGAAUGUUGUAAUCUAUCAAUGCUUAUCUAUUUGGUUCUCUACUUGGCCAUUAGGUGAAACCCAUGUAGCCUUAUGGAUAUCUUUUCUAGGGAAGUGCAUAAUCAUGAUUUUCAAGUAGCACACUUUAUAGUCUUACCCCAUUGUCAUUACAAUUUACAUGUAGGCUAUUUUUUUCUACAUCAUUCUUCCACUUCAUUCUUUUCCUAUCUUUGCAUUAAAGUCUCGCAUCAGAAGUUUUACAUCAUAUCCUGGAACCCUUCUCCAUUCUUUUUGCAUCAUUUCGUAAAAUGCAUCUUCUACAGGUGCGUAUGCACUCAUAAUUGAUAUAUUUAAAAAAACUCCUUUAAUCCUAAUGUACUGCACAUUACUCUAACAUGGGCCUUUACAGCUUACCACAGAACUUGCUAUUUUCUUGCUUAGAGCAAAGCGUACUUCUCUUUGGUAUUCAACGCUCCUGUUAGUGGCCACCUUGUUUCUUAUAAUGCCACUAAACCCAUCUAGUAUCUACAGAGUUCAUCUUAUAGUAUGUCUAUUACUCCCGGCACUGUACAGUUCUUGUGUUCCAUGUACAACCAAUGUCAAUUACUUGUAUUCCAUCCGUUAUCCGAGGCAUUGUGUUGAUGUUUUUGAACUGUAGUUUUUUGAGGUAGGUUGUUGGCCUGACGCUCAACCCCCACAUACCAUAGUGGAACCAGGUUUGAGUCAGGCAUUAGCCUACCUUAUCCACUGAGCAAGUGUCUCAUCUCCUGCAUUCCAGAAGGUACCAGCAGAACCCGGUGCUGGCAAUAAAGUGUUUCCACUACUUGCAGAAAAGGGUCUCUGUUUGGUAUUAGCAACCAGCAGAGACAUACAAUAAUUUUAGUGUAGUAUAUUUUACAUUUGUAGAAAUAUUGAUUUGAUUAAUUUGUGAAGUAACUUCAACAUCACAAAUGUCUUAUUUCUCCAUGUAUAUUUGUUCAUUUUGCUCAAUGUAGAUGAUAUUAACAGAGAACCCAGAAACAAACUUAUAAUGACAAUCAUUUAGUGUAUGAGUAUUUUUUAUUUCAGUAACUUUCUAAAGGAUGUCCAGAUUUUUUAAUAUUUUAAGAUUGAAUCUCAUUGUUAUUAUACAAUUAACUA